GAGCUCUUGCAGUUCGGAAUCUUCCCACAGAUCCGUUUCGGCGACGUGGAGAUGCAGCUCUGGCAGCUCGAUCCGGAGGAGCUACUUCGCGAGCUGCUAAGCGACUGCGAUUCAGACUCACGCCCACAUCAGGCUGCGAUGGAGCUCGUGGAGAAGCUCCUUCUUUAUCGGCACAAGGAGGUUCUGCUCCCGCUCCUUCAGUUCUCCCAGCUUCACCUGGAGGCGGCAGAUCAAUCUGACCUGGCCCAUGCAAACAAGGAGGGCGCCCUGGUCCUGCUGGGCCUCAUGGCAGAUCACUUGGUUGACCUGGACCCCACACAGCUCCCGGAGGGCGGCGAGGGCAAGAAGCAGAAGAAGAAGGGCCGAAAUCGACCUUCCCAGACGGUGAGUAUCGAAGAGCUGCUGGCUCGAUUCGUUCUACCUGCUCUCGCCUCCUCUGCAGCCUUCGUGCGACUCCGCGCUCUGUGGGUAAGCGCUGCCUUCGCACGGCAG